CCAGAUACUUUCUCAAGCCGCAGCAAGACCUACUGGAACUUGGGUGUGUCAGAGCAUAAAGUAACACAGAACAAGUCUUCCUUUAACCAAAUCGCUCUGGGUCACUUGUCGACUUCAAGGAGAGUAUCCGUCAAAAGAAAUGGCAUCACCAGUCCCUCUAUCCAAGGCCAACACCACCUUCUCUCUGGCUUUGUUCAAAAAGCUGAGUGAUGACGACAAGACCGGGAACAUCUUCUUCUCCCCUUUUAGCAUCUCUGCAGCCCUGGCUAUGGUGAUGAUGGGGACCAGGGGCAAUACAGCCACACAGAUGUCGCAGGUCCUGUGCUUCACUGAGUCAGACCAACCGAAGCUGCCAGGGGCGCAGCCGUCGAUGAUGCAGUCGCAGAUGGAAACACGGAUGCAGAUGCGGACGCAGUUACAGCAGUCCACCAGACUGCCUCUGUAUCUGCUCAAGGUCUUCUCUGGCUGUUCGCAGUGCCUGAAACCCCAGAACGAUCAAGACAAUGUCCACGCCAAAUUUGCCCAACUGCUGGGAAAGCUCAACGAGACAGACGCUUCCUAUACCCUCAGCCUUGCCAACAGGCUGUAUGGAGAGCAGUCCUACCAGUUUGUUGAGGAUUUCUUAUCAGAAACCAAGAAGUACUACAAUGCUGAGCUGGAGUCUGUGGACUUCAAAGGCAGUCCGGAGGCGGCCAGGGUCCAAAUAAAUAGCUGGGUGGAGAAGCAGACGCAAGGUGAAAUCAAAGAUAUGCUGAUCCAGGGUGUGGUGGACGACAUGACCAGGCUGGUACUGGUUAAUGCCAUCUACUUCAAAGGCGACUGGAACAAAAAGUUCGAGGAGGAGUUUACUGUUGAUGCUCAGUUUAGAGUCAACAAGAAUGUCACGAAGGCAGUGAAGAUGAUGUGCCAGAAAAGUAAAUUCCCCCUCACCUCCAUUCCUGAGGUCAACUGUCAGAUCCUAGAGAUGCCCUAUCAAGGGGGGGACCUCAGCAUGCUCAUCUUCCUGCCCGAUGACAUCGAGGACGACACCACAGGCUUGGAGAAGCUGGAAAAGGAGCUGACCUAUGAGAAGUUUGUGGACUGGACUUGUCCCGACUUGGUGGGCCAAACUGAGGUUGAGGUGAAGCUGCCUCGAUUCAAGAUGGAGGAGAGUUAUGACUUGAAAGAUGUCCUGGUCAGCAUGGGCAUGGUGGAUGCUUUCGAUGUCUCACUAAGUGACUUCUCUGGCAUGUCUCCCGCCAACGACCUGUUACUGUCCAAAGUUGUCCACAAGGCCUUCGUGGAGGUCAAUGAGGAGGGAACCGAGGCUGCUGGUGCCACCACUGCUAUCUUGACGGAUCGCAGCAUCCUGAUUCCUGGCACCUUCAUCGCAGACCACCCCUUCCUCUUCUUCAUCCGACAUAACCCCACCAUGAGCAUUCUCUUUGCCGGCCGGUACUCGUCCCCUGAACACAAAAUGGCAUCACCAACCCCUCUAACCAAAGCCAACACCAUGUUCUCUCUGGCUUUGUUCAAAAAGCUGAGUGAGGUCAAGGCCGGGAAUGUCUUCUUCUCGCCUUUUAGCAUCUCUGCAGCCCUGGCUAUGGCGAUGCAGGGAGCCAGAGGCAACACAGCCAGACAGAUGGCGGAGUGCCUAAAAACCCAGGAUUGUCAGGAUGAAGUCCAUGUUAGCUUUGCCCAACUGCUGAGCGAGCUCAACCAGCCAGACGCUCCGUAUGCCCUCAGCAUUGCCAACAGACUGUAUGGAGAGCAGUCCUUUCACUUUGUUGAGGAUUUCUUCACACAAACCAGGACACACUACAACGCAGAGCUGGAGACUGUGGACUUCAAAACCAAUACUGAGCUAGCAAGGGUCAGCAUCAACAGCUGGGUGGAGAAGCAGACGCAAGGUAAAAUUAAGGAUGCUGUGGCCGAAGACAUGGUGAACAGGUUCACCGUGCUGGUGCUGGUCAAUGCCAUCUACUUCAAAGGCACCUGGAAUGAACCAUUCCUGCAUGUUCGCACGCAUGAUGCUGAGUUUAGGGUCAACAAGAAUGACACUAAGCCAGUGGAGAUGAUGAGACACAAAACAUACUUUCCUUUUGCCUUCGUUCCUGAAGCCAACUGUAAGGUAAUUGAGCAACUGGUCACUCAGUCAAUAUGGCCUCUCAUUUCUAGGACCAGUAUAAACUGUUUUAUUCUGUCAUGUUUGAAACCCUCUGUUGGACAGAUCCUGGAGAUGCCGUACAAAGGAAAAGAGCUCAGCAUGCUUAUCUUUUUACCCGAGGAGAUAGAGGAUAAUACAACAGGUCUGGAGAAGCUGGAGAAGCAGCUGACGUAUAAGAAAUUUGUGAAGUGGACUCGUCCAGACGUGAUGACUGAAGCCAAGGUGGACGUGAGGCUGCCUCGAUUCAAGAUGGAGGAGAAUUACGACCUGAACGACGUCCUGAAAAGCAUGGGCAUGAGGGAUGCUUUUGAUGAAACAAAGAGCGACUUUUCUGGCUUGUCUGAGGCCGAAACCGUGUUCAUUUCAAUGGUCGCCCACAAGGCUUUUGUGGAGGUGAAUGAGGAGGGAACUGAAGCUGCUGCUGCCACCAGUGUGUACUGUGAGAACCUCUGUUGCAAUCCAGAUUUAGUGAACUUCAUCGCCGACCACCCCUUCCUCUUCUUCAUCCGACAUAACACCACCAUGAGUGUUCUCUUUGCCGGCCGAUUCUGCUCGCCUGUGUGAGUACUGUGCCGUGUAGAGCAGCGUGACUCAAUGGGUUUCAUCUAAUGCAGUUGCAGGGAAAGCUUUUAGGCCUGAGAGUCACUGCUCUAGAGUGUGUGGAUAGCACCUCUGCAUUGCUGUAGCUAUGAAGCACAUUUCCCAUCUGAGUUGAAUCUAAAUUACCAUCCCAUGUUUUCAAGACCACAAUUUUGGCAGAAAGUCUUGAAGUGAAAACUGUGGAUGUACUCACUGCACCCUCACAUUAACACCUAGAACAACAAAACUGAAAGUAUCUCACUUGUUGUCCGGUCUGUUGCUUGCAGGUGUGCCUUAAUAAAUGAUUUCCCUGAUGAUUAUAUGCAUUUUGGAAAUAUUCACUCUAUUCACACACUCCGAUCUCUUGAACUGAACCUACACAGCCGAGUGAGUACAAAGCUUUAGAAUGUAAUUGAGUAUAUUGAGCAUAGAGCAUAAUGAAAGAAGAUUGUGAUCUAAUUAAUUCAAAGCACUGCAACAGCAUGU